CUGAACCAAUUGAUGGGCGACAUCACAGGUGGAGGAGACUAACUGCUUUACAACUUCUGCCCAGCAUAAUUGUAUGUCCUCUUCGUGUCAGCUGGUCCAGAGAAACAGAAGCAUGUCUAUCCAGUCUUACUCUUUUGUACCAAAUCCUGGAAAUAGCUGUAAUGUGCUUCUUUGUAUUCAAAGGUGUCCUAUGGCAGUUCUUUUUGAGGAACCUUUAGAGGGCUCUGGAGAUUGUGUUGAUUGUUUUCAUACCCACAGCUGUCAAUUGAUGUUAAUAAAGCUUCCCUUGAGGAAAUGCCCCUUUUAUAGCUCUUUGGACUUAAAGGCUCCUCAGAAUAGGUCAUUGGUUUGUUAUGCACACAGCUGCCAGAAACUCCAAAGCUGCAACUCUUUUGACUCGAUGAGAACAAAUACCAGCUGUGAUUAAAAUUUAGCACCACUUGUUCCUGCCCAGAAUCAUGCAUUGUUUUCAGAAAUGUUCAGCCAUUCAUGUCCUCUUCUCCCUCUUUCCCCCAAACACUUUCCGUUUCCUCUACAAAGACAUCCAGAGAACGAGCCAGCACAAUGCUUUUGAGACAGUGUGGCAUCUUUCUGGGAGCCCUGCUGCUUAUUUUCUGCUCCUGGAUGACUCAUCAAUCCUGCAUGUUCCUCGUGAAAUCAGCCAAUCUCAGCAAACGCAGGACCUAUCCUGGGCUAGCCUUCCAUGCCUAUGGAAAACCUGGGAAAAUGCUGGUGGAAACCAGCAUGAUUGGACUAAUGCUAGGAACCUGCAUUGCUUUCUAUGUUGUUAUUGGUGACUUGGGAUCAAACUUCUUUGCCCGGUUGUUUGGACUCCAGGUGAGUGGCUGGUUCCGGAUAGUCCUGCUCUUUAUCGUUUCUCUCUGCAUAGUGCUUCCGCUGAGUCUCCAGAGGAACAUGAUGGCUUCCAUACAGUCCUUCAGUGCCAUGGCUCUGAUCUUUUACACGGUGUUUAUGUUUGUGGUUGUACUCUCUGCUUUCAAACACGGCCUCUUUGGCGGGCAGUGGCUGCAACGGGUCAGUUACGCACGCUGGGAGGGCAUUUUUCGCUGCAUUCCUAUCUUUGGCAUGUCUUUUGCCUGUCAGUCCCAGGUCCUGCCAACCUAUGAUAGUCUGGAUGAGCCAUCUGUUAAAAUUAUGAGCUCCAUAUUUGCCUCUUCACUAAAUGUGGUCACCGCCUUUUAUGUUAUGGUGGGUUUUUUUGGCUAUGUGAGUUACACAGAAGCCAUUGAGGGGAACGUACUCAUGAACUUCCCCUCUAAUUUGGUGACUGAGAUGAUCCGUGUUGGGUUCAUGAUGUCUGUAGCAGUUGGGUUUCCAAUGAUGAUUCUGCCAUGCCGACAGGCACUGAAUACCCUUCUCUUCGAACAGCAGCAAAAAGAUGGGACAUUUGCUGCAGGUGGUUACAUGCCACCUCUUAGAUUUAAAGCCUUGACCCUGGCUGUUGUAUUUGGAACCAUGGUUGGAGGCAUCAUGAUCCCAAAUGUGGAGACCAUCUUGGGCCUAACAGGAGCAACAAUGGGAAGUCUCAUCUGUUUUAUCUGUCCAGCUCUUAUUUACAAGAAAAUCCACAAGAAUGCCCUUUGCUCACAGCUCAUACUCUGGAUUGGUUUGGGUGUAUUGCUCAUUAGCACCUAUACUACCUUAUCUGCAACUCAAGACAUCCCAGCAAAAAUAGAGACUUUGGAACCAGGAAAACUGCCAGUAGAAAUAAAGAACAUGCUGGAUGAGGAUCCCAUCAAAAUUGCAGACCAGAAUCCAGUAGUGGAAGAGGAUGCACAUAAGCAUGACAAGCCUGUAUUGCAGAAUGGGAAGGAAGAAGUGGAACAGCCACAGAUCAAGGUUCCCAUGGAUGUGCCCAAUAGAGAAGAGAAAGAGAAACCAAAGGAGGAGGUGCAGCUGGACCGACCUGACCAAGGUUUUGCACAGCCUGUGGGAGAAGCCCAUCGCCAUGAGCCACCAGUACCGCAUGAUGAGGUAGUGAUAGAUGAGGGUCAGGAUCAUGAGGAACCUGAAGAGAAGCGGCCACCAGCCAACAAGGAGGUCUUAGUGGAGGGAAAUCCUUUGCUUGGGGAAGAUCAAGCACAGCCGCAACCUCUUCCCAAACAAGCAAGGGGAGAUGGCGGCCAAGAAAAGUUGGAGGAUCAUCCUGUGAAAGACUCCAAGCCUCUGCCAGAUUUGGUUGCACAUAAAGACGAGCACCCCCCUUAUAAAGACCUUGAGCUGGAGGAGCAGCGUGAGAGAAGGGACAAGGUCAUGGGUCAGAAGGAGGGUGCCAUUCCACAGAAAGGAAUAAAAGCUGAUCAGAAGGAGAAUGACACAGGUGGAAAGGAAGAGCUGGUUCUUCCAGAGAAGCCGGAGCCAGCUCAAGUUGAGGAGAGAGGGAUCCAUAACGCUGAGGAGAAUGCAGAUGUUAAGCCAGAGGAAGAUGGAGAGAAGUUACUAGACCAUGCAGUCCUGUUGCAAGUAAUUAAGGAACAGCAAGUUCAGCAAAAGCAGCUCUUAGACCAGCAGGCAAAGCUCUUGGCAGUGAUUGAGGAACAGCAUAAAGAGAUCCAUCAGCAGAGGCAAGAAGAAGGAGGUGAAGAAAGACAAAAGCAAGAAGUACACCAGGAACCUGUCAUUCCUUUUGCCAAGAGUAAAGAGAGAGAGGAUGUCUUUGAUAAUAAACUUGGAGAUGCUGCAAAUAAUAUACGUAAUGAUAUCACAGACCAUCCCCUGCAUGUGAUGGACAGCCAGCUCUUAAACUCUGAGGACCAGAAAAGACAGCAAGUUACAAAUCCAGGAGACCAGAAACCAAUGCACAGCAAAUUAAGCGGAGUUCCACUUAAAAACCCUGCAGCUCCUGUAAAAAACAGUGAGAAAAUUGCACAGCACCAAGCUGGAAAAAACCAAGCGGUGAAGCUGCUGGAGCCAGUCAGAACUGAUUCACAGAUAGCAAUGGCUGAUGGACCCCAUCAAGAAAAGCAAGCAAAAGAUGAGGGGUGGAAAGAAGACCAGAAUAUUCAAGAGGCACAAAAUGCUCAACAAAAGCUCAAGAAUGAUCUGAAAAGAAAUGAGGCUGCAGAAAGAGAUGAAGGCCAAAUAGAAAUGCUUGAUGCAGCCCAUAGGGUUUCUGAGAGGCUUUCUAAGAAAGAGACAGUUGUCAAAGAUGACAAAAGAAAGGAAUCUCCUGACCAAAACCAACAAGUAGAUCCUGCACAUAAACCAGAUGCUGCUGAAAAAAUGCAAGAGAACUUAGCAGUCCCAGAAGCUGUGAAACCUGACAAAGGUGAGGAGAAAGAACUCUUACCUUUAGAUCAGCUUGGUAAAGCACAGGGCCAAAGAGGUAACAGCAGAGAGAGGGCAGCAGCUGGAGCCCACAUUCCACAAACAAAGGCAGGACUGGAUUUAGAAAGAGAACCAAAGGAACUAGGGAAGUUACAUGAGAUCGAUAAUGACAAUGUCUUAAAGCCGGAGCAAGUUCAGGCUGUCCCCAGAGAUCAUGAAAAUGCCAAACCAAAUAGAGAUCUGAAGCUGCAAGCUGAGUUGGACUUGCGUCGGAAGAGACGAGGCCUGGAAGAAGGGGAACCAGGGGAGGUGAUAAUUGGAUUGAACCCCCUCCCAGAUGUGAAAGUCAAUGAUCUCCGUAGUGCUCUGGAGACUCGAUUACACCAAGCAGCAGAAGGUGCUCAGCAAGCACUUCACAGUCGACAGAUUAAACAGGUACAAGAAGCAGAAGACGUGUGACCAAGCCUUUGUACUAUUAGGACAAGAUGUAGGAGGCCAUUGGCCACCUUAAGAUCUCUUUUGUUGAGCUAACUGUACUUGAGUGUGUUGCAAUUUUUAUCAACUGGGUGUUGAGACCUGGACAAUCAUUGACCUCCUGGAGCCAGAAAUUCUUUUGCCGCUGACCAGUAUCUGCUUCAGUACCAUAUUACCACUUCUUUUGUAGUGGUGAGAGCCUACAAAACCCAGCUUCAUCCAGCUGAGUUUUGAAGAGUGAUUGUGCUUACCCCAUUUCCAAAGAAGCAUUUUCACUCUUCAGCAAUUGCCUUGAACUUACUGUUUUAAUUUUUGCGUUUGAAGUCUGCUGUCAUACUUGUCAGUCUUGUUGGAAGCUGCUUCCAUGUAUCUGCAUCCCUUAAAUUGAUCUUGGGUUCUUUUGUUCUGCCCUUUUUACCCCUUGGGUGUAUAUACCUUUCUAAGUAAUAUCAAGAAGCCAAAAGGAGUUAUCUUAUGUAUCUGAAAUAGGAAGACAUUCCAUUCUAGAGAUACUUUUUAGGCAUGUAGAGGUUGUUAGCACUGCAUCUUUAAAAUAGGUUCAGAAAUUGAUGCUCUAAUUUUUAGCCAAGGGUCCACAUUAGCAAUAACAAAGGGGUUGCCCACCCUUUCUUCAUCUCUUGGCUAUGAAACCUUAGCUUUAUGUUUUUAAAACAUUCCUAUCCCAAGUGCAUUAUGGAACUAUAUGAAGGCUCUGCAAACUACUUGCUGCAAGUGAGAACAGUGUUAGAAAGUCAAGUGAAAGGAUUUUGAAGAGGCAUCAUCCAAGUGGGGCAGCUUGCAUCUACCUCUUUCCUCCAUGGCAAGUACAUGUUCAGAGCUUCCCCCAUAACUCUCCCCUUUAGUUUUUCAGGUAUGUAACAGCUGGUAAGUCUGAUCUGUUACUUUCAAAUCAGACAGGAGGAGAGCUAGUUUGCUUCAGUCACCUGGUAGGAAGUGUUACUUUUUUUUACUAACAAGUGAUAUGGCAAAAGGAACAAAACUGUUGACUCUUGAAUAUACAUCAUAUCCAAAGAUAUCUGAGUUUUCAAGCUGCAGAUAUAAUAGAAUUUGGAGUUAUAAAAGCAUUUUGCAAAACAGGACCAAAAAAAAAAUCCUCAAGUUUGUACACUUAUCUCCUGAUAGUACUUUCAUAGAACAUUCAUGGGUUCAGCAGGCAGGAAUGCUAGGACUGAUUACAUUUCUUACAUAGCCUUACUAAAUUUUAUUCCCAUCAAAUGUAGAUUGCUCUCACCAUCCACAGUGAUUUGAUGGGAGUUGUAGUCCAACAAAUCUGUGGGAUACCUGAUUUGGAAAAGUCCUUCCUGAAAAAUGAAGUCAAGCAGGGUCCUCAUUGCCAUAUCUUGUUUGUGAAAUGUUUGAUAUAUCUCAAUUCAAGGAGAUAUAGAAAUGUGGCCGGUUCCACAUGCCUAUUUUGAAGGCCUUUUUUUGCCUUGUCGUGAUUGUCAUAAUGAUAGCCUUAAUCUUCAAGAGUCUUAUUGACCUGGUUUUGAUGCUAAACCAUAGUCUAGUAGUGUGACAAUAGGCUAAAGCCAACCUUAGGCUUCUAAACUCUUGCCUUUCUCAUUCACCAUUACUACAAAUGUUGCUCUUCUCCUUUUGCAUAAUCACUAUUUGUCACAUUAUCCAAACCCACAAAUGGUUAAUGUUGAAACAAAAGUUUCACAAUGGCAUGACAAAUUGUGAUGAAGCAAAAGCUUCCAGGUCCUUCCUCACAGAGAAUGGGCAAACCCAAAAUUUAUUCAGACAAAACUAUGGUUUAGCAUGAUUUCCCUGAAUUUAAGGGUUCCCAAUUGACUUUAGAUGACUCCCAUCACCUUUGGGAUGGUGAGAACGAUAGUCUGACUGCAUCAGAAGAUCCUAAGUUUAGGAAGUUAGAGUAGCAUAUUGUUUGAAUGCAGCCACUAUGUGGUGCUGCUCGAAGCACAAUCACGCCACAGCCAGGACUGCUUUUGCUUCAAUCUCAUAAGUAACUAUGGUUUCUCUGUGUGGCGUGUUUCUUGUAAUUACCAAGGAAGUUGUUUUAAUGUAAAGCCCCAUAGAAGUGUUGGGCUUUUUCUAAUCAAGGGUGAUGAGAUCAAGCACUGUACUAAGGACCAAAGAUACUUCUGACAUUCUUCCAUAGAGAAGUUGGACUUUAAAUGGGUUAUCUCAAACUAUGGAAGAUAGAGGAGUAGAUUUCUGUUGGAAUGCGUCCCUUGGUGCAUCAGCACAAGUUCCAAUUUGCAAUGUUGUUUACUGACAAAGCAGCUGGGACUAUGGACAGGCUGCACAAACCAAUAAAGUGAAUACAAGCAUU